AUGCUUAGAAGACCUCCUACUCAACUACAAUUAGAAUCUCAAGAUAUCCAAGAGCUUUUAGCAGAAUUAGAAGCGGAUAAGAGAGAGAAUUUGGCUUUAAAGCAACAAGAAAAAGAAGCACAAAGACAAAUACAGAGAGAUAUAGAACUACAAGUACAACAACAUCAAGAAGACUCUAGUAUGGAUGCAUCUGUUCAAAGUAGUCCUCUAGAUAACCGAAAACCACACGGUGUAUCAGGACCUACAGCGUCUAGCGGUAAUAAUCCACAACAACUACAAUUGCAACCUCCAAAUAAUAAUCCAUUUUACUAA